UUUCUUGUUUAUUUUCAAAUCUCAUUCCCUCUCGCUUUCACACUCUACACUCUGAAAACCCUAAAAUCUCUCACUCGUCAGUCCCUUCAUCUCUCCAACGGCCCAAUCAAGCAAUGACACCUGUACACCCGCCUCCGGCACCGGGACGCGAGCUCUCCAACCCUCCGACGGAAGGGAUCUCGAACCUUCGAUUCUCCAACCACAGCGAUCACCUACUCGUCUCCUCAUGGGAUAAGACUGUGAGAUUGUAUGAUGCAAGCGCCGACUCAUUGCGAGGAGAGUUCAUGCACGGUGGGCCCGUGCUCGAUUGUUGCUUCCAUGAUGAUUCCUCUGGGUUUAGUGCCAGUGCUGAUAAUACCGUUAGGAGGAUAGUGUUCAGCCAUGGAAAGGAGGAUAUUUUAGGUAGACAUGAUGCUCCUGUGCGUUGUAUAGAGUACUCUUAUGCAGCAGGACAAGUUAUCACAGGCAGUUGGGACAAGACCUUGAAAUGUUGGGACCCAAGAGGAGCAAGUGGCCAGGAGAAAACUCUUGUUGGCACGUACCCACAGCCUGAGCGAGUUUACUCAUUAUCUCUAGUUGGAAAUCGCUUAGUUGUGGCAACUGCAGGAAGGCAUGUAAAUGUUUAUGAUUUGCGAAAUAUGUCGCAGCCUGAGCAACGAAGGGAAUCUUCAUUGAAAUAUCAAACUAGGUGUGUGAUAUGUUAUCCAAACGGAACAGGAUAUGCUCUUAGUUCAGUUGAAGGUCGGGUGGCAAUGGAGUUCUUUGAUCUUUCAGAGGCCAGUCAAGCCAAAAAAUAUGCCUUUAAGUGCCAUCGGAAAUCUGAGGCUGGCCGGGACAUUGUAUAUCCAGUAAAUGCCAUUGCAUUCCAUCCCGUCUAUGGUACAUUUGCAACCGGAGGAUGUGAUGGUUUCGUUAAUGUGUGGGAUGGAAACAAUAAGAAGAGGCUGUAUCAGUAUUCAAAGUACCCAACAAGCAUUGCAGCUCUUUCAUUCAGUAGAGAUGGACGAUUGUUGGCUGUGGCAUCAAGUUACACAUUCGAAGAGGGGGAUAAACCACAUGAACCGGAUGCCAUCUUUGUACGAAGUGUAAAUGAAAUUGAAGUCAAGCCGAAACCAAAAGUGUACCCUAACCCUCCAGCAUAGCCGAGUAAGGAUCUUUUUAUAAUUUAUGGUAAUUUGAGACAUGUAAUAUGUUAAAAAGUCUUCAGUGGAUGUUCUAAACUUAGAGUGCUUUAGGGUGUGUUUGGUUGAGAGGAAAAGUAGUAAUAUGGAAAGAAAAUCCAUUUCGAGUGUUAUUCGUAUGAAAGAAAAUCAUAAUGCUUAAAAACAAAUCGUUCCAAACUGGAGUGAUAAGAGAAGAGUGAAUGAGUGGUACAAGUUAA